GUCAGCUUCCCGUACGUGGCAGAGGGAUCGUGGAAUUUGUGUACAUUGUAUGUUGUUGGCAGAAAUGACUGGUUGCAUUGGUAUAUUAUUAUCAUAGAACAGAGAUCGCAUAUAUCGAGUAGUCAUCUAGAUGAGUGGCCAGUUUCCAUAUCCUGGAGGACCACCUCCCCCAAGCUCACAGCCUGGACCAAUGUAUCAAGUCAAUGGUGCAAGACCUCCUGGAAACUAUGGUCCUCCUCAACCCAGUAAAGCAGGUGCAGCACAGCCUCCAAUGAAUGGUCCUCCUUUUGGAGCACCCAUGAGACCACCAGGACCCCCUGGUCCAAUGCCACCUACAAGUGCUGGUCAACCACCGGCAGGCUUCGGUCCGCAGCCAGGUCAGGGAUUUGCUCCUCCCAAUCCUGGAAUGGGUGGACCUAAUUACCAAGGAAUGCCGCCAACAUCACAGUUCAACAAUAUGAAUCUGAACGACCCCAACCAGCCUGGGAUGAGGCCAAUGGCACCCCCUGGGCCUCAAGGGGUUCCCCCUCAAAGACCAGGGAUGUUCCCGCCGGGCGGAAGUCCGCAGGUCAACGGGCCACCCACCACACAGAGACCCCCGGGACCUCCUGUGCCUGGAGGUAUGGGAGCUCCUCCUCCCAGCAGUAUGGGAGGCAAGAUGCCUCCGUCUUCUGGGCAGGGUUUCCCCCCGGGCGCCGGCCCCCUCCCACCCAGCAGCAUGGGUCAAAUGCCGACCUCCAUGGCUCAGCCGGCGAGUGGCCCGAUGCCCGGCCACCCUCCUCCUCCCUCGAGCAUGCAGGGCCAGAUGCCUCCCCCUCCCUCAUCCAUGGGGAUGAUGCCUCCCAACUCAAUGGGUGCCAUGCCUCCCAACUCAAUGGGUGCCAUGCCUCCCAACUCAAUGGGUGCCAUGCCUCCCAACUCAAUGGGUGCCAUGCCUCCCAACUCAAUGGGCGCCAUGCCUCCGAGCUCCGUUGGCCCUCCCCCUCCCGGCGCGGGGUACCCACAACCACCGGCUACUGGCAUGCCCCACCAGCAGCCUCCUGGCUUCCCCGGUCAGAUGCCACCACCGCCUUCCUCCCUCCACCAGCCUAUGCCUCCUCCAGGACCUAACUUCAUGGGAGGACCCCCAGGGAUGGUCCCCCCGUCCGGACAGACAAUGCACCCACCGCAGCCCGGAAUGCCGCCACAACCAGGCCAGAUGCCUCCACAGCCCGGACAGAUGCCCCCACAGCCUGGACAGAUGCCCCCACAGCCUGGACAGAUGCCUCCUCCCCCACAAGGCCCUCCUGGGCCCGGGGGACAUUUCCCGGGUUCUGCACAGUAUGGUCAACAGCCGAUGGGAUACGGAGGACCGGGUCAGCCCCCUCAGCCCAUGCAGGCCCCACAGCAGCAGAGGAGGCUUGACCCUGACCAGAUGCCCAGCCCGAUUCAAGUCAUUGAAGAUGACAAGAGAAACAGAUCAGGUGUCUUUCAGACGAACAACAAGGGCAGUGUGCCACCUCUGGUUACCACCACCUUCACCACACAAGAUCAAGGGAAUGCAAACCCUAGAUUUAUGCGUUCAACCAUGUACAACAUACCGUGCACUGCAGAUAUGCUGAAAUCAUCUCAUAUACCAUUUGCUCUAGCUGUGACACCUUUUGCUGAACUGGGUGAUCAAGAGCAACCUCCUCCACUGGUUGAUUUAGGAGAGCUUGGUCCUGUCAGAUGUAAGCGCUGUAAGGCCUACAUGAACCCCUACAUGCAGUUUGUCGACGGUGGCAGGAGGUUUCAGUGUGUUUUCUGCGGUGCUGCUACAGAUGUACCAAAUGAGUAUUUUGCUCAUUUGGAUCACACAGGGCGCAGAGUUGACUGCUACAACCGGGCAGAGCUGUGUCUAGGGUCUUACGAAUUUGUUGCCACAAAGGAUUACUGCAAGAAUGGCACUCCACCUAAAGAGCCUGCAUUUAUUUUCAUGAUCGACGUGUCCUACAACAGUGUGAAGAGCGGCCUGGUGCAGCUUAUAUGUGAUAAAUUGAAGUCGGAGGUCCUUGUCAACUUGCCCAGGGAAGCUGGAGUUGAAGAAUCGGAGAUCAGGGUUGGAUUUGUUACUUACCACAAGGAACUGCAUUUCUACAACGUCAAGAGUUCUCUGGCCCAGCCACAGAUGAUGGUCGUCUCCGACCUGGAGGACAUGUUUGUGCCGCUGGUGGACGGCUUCCUGGUCAAGCUGUCCGAGUCAGCAGCUGUCAUUGACAGCUUGCUGUCUCAGAUCCCUCAACUGUUUGCCGAGUCCAAGGAGACUGAGAUGGUCCUGGGCCCCGUGAUCCAAGCUGGGCUGGACGCCCUCAAGUCCUCGGACCGGGCCGGCCGCCUGUACAUAUUUCACACUGGUCUGCCCAACGCUGAGGCUCCUGGGAAACUGAAGAACAGGGAUGACCGCAAACUGCUGGGAACUGAGAAAGAAAAGACUGUGCUGUCACCACAGAGCCCGUUCUACCACAAGCUGGGCACCGAGUGUGUGGCUGCUGGCUGCAGCGUGGACCUUUUCCUCUUCCCCAACCAGUAUAUCGAUGUCGCUACAGUCUCCGAUGUGUGUCGGGUGACCUCUGGAAACAUUUACAAAUACAGCUAUUUCCAGGCUGACAUAGAUGGAGAAAGAUUUUUGGAAGAUCUGAAGCAUUCAGUGAGCCGUUCGCAGGCUUUUGAUGCUAUUCUGAGAGUGAGAACUAGUACAGGUAUCCGUCCCGUAGAUUUCUAUGGCAAUUUCUACAUGGCCAACACCACGGACGUAGAGAUGUCGGCUGUGGACAGCGACGCCUGUGUGGCUCUGGAGGUGAAACAUGACGACAAGCUCAGUGAGGCUGAAGGGGCAUAUGUGCAGGUGGCUGUGCUGUACACAAGUGUCUCCGGUCAACGACGUCUACGCUGCCACAACUUGUCUCUCAACUGCUGUGCUCAAAUGGCUGACCUGUUCAGGAGCUGCGAGCUGGACACUCUCAUCAAUUUCUUCGCCAAACAAGCCAUCCGAACUAGUCUGAAUGCAAACCCCAAACAGGUGCGAGAACACAUCAUGAACGAGGUGUCCCAGAUCCUGGCGUGCUACCGCAAGAACUGCGCCAAUCCCUCGUCGGCCGGCCAGCUGGUGUUGCCAGAGUGCAUGAAGCUGCUGCCGUUAUAUGCAAAUUGUGUGAUCAAGAGUGAUAGUAUUUCUGGAGGUUCUGAAAUAUCAACUGACGACAGAAGUUACCUGAUGCAUUUAGUCAACUCAAUGGAUGUUACCAUGUCCAACGUUUUCUUCUACCCAAGACUUGUACCGUUUCACACUUUGGACAUGGAGUCUACAGAUGUCCCCACCGCCAUCAGAUGCUCCGUGGAUCGGUUGGAGGAUACAGGCAUUUACUUGUUAGAGAAUGGCCUGUCGAUGUUCUUGUGGAUUGGCCAUAAUGUGAACCCUGAGAUGAUACAGAAGAUUUUUGAUGUGCAGAGUGCGGCACAAGUUGACAUUGACAAGGUUCAAGUUCUUCAGUUGGACAACCCAGCGUCUCGUAGACUCUGUGACUUGAUCAGCAGGAUAAGGAGUGAGAGGUCACGCUAUUUGAAGCUGACCAUCGUGAGACAGAGAGACAAGCUCCAGCCGUGGUUCGACCACUUCCUGGUGGAGGACAAGGGCAUGAACUCUGGCAGCUCGUACGUGGACUUCCUGUGCCACAUCCAUAAGGAAAUCAGAAACAUCCUCAGUUGAACAAGACCCUUCGUUUAUCGCAUUCAUUCAGUCACCUCCUUGAGCUCCUCUCUACUUCUGGAAGAAGUCUCCUCCCUCAGAUGGAAAUUAUUUUUCAUAUAUAUAUAAUAAUAAGUGAAUGAAGAAUGUGUCCAAGCUUGUAUGUCUGUAGAGAGAAACUGAGAAUAGGGAGGGUAAAAAUAUUUAUGCAUGCCAUGUUUGAUUCGUGUAGUUAUACCCUUGUGCAAUGAGUUGUAAUGUCACAGCAAAAAAAACAUUUGUCAAA